AUGGCCACCAUUACAUCCCAAAUACCACCAGUCACAGUUAAACAAGCUUGCAAGGACCCACAAUGGAGACAAGCUAUGCAAAGUGAAUUUGACGCUCUCAUGAGCAACAAAACAUGGGACCUUAUUCCUCCAUCUGAUCACCAAAAUAUUGUGGAAGAUAAAUGGAUAUUCUGCAUUAAGCGCAAACCCAAUAGUUCAAUUGAACGGUACAAGGCUCGCCUUGUUGCCAAAGGUUUCACUCAACGACCUGGAAUUGACUAUGUUGAUACUUUCAGUCUGAUUGUCAAACCAAUAACCAUUCGAACAGUAUUUGCCAUUUCCAUUCAAAACAAGUGUCCGCUUCAUCAACUAGACAUAAACAAUGCUUUUCUACAAGGUACAUUGACUGAGGAACUUCAUGAAACAUUCGAAAGGUUUUGA